AGUGAAAGGGGACUCUGCAACUCACAGCAGUGGCGGUCAUGGGUGCUUGGGUUCAACCUGAAUUGGUGGAGAUAGUGGACUUGCUAAUUCCGAAGAACACACUACGAUACACAAUGCUUCCGCACGUGGACGCGAUACCCUUCGCCUUUUCUCCGUGCAAUUCUAUGGUUCUCCAGGCGAGUGACGAGAUACCCAGGCGUCUUGCGCGUGUUCACGUUUCGUGGCGGGAAUCUCGUAACUCGAGCCAAUACCCAGAGGGCAGCCAGACUGAAUGAUGC